UCUUCAGACACACUCACAUAGUUACUCUUUCGUUAGUUACUCAUAUCUUUCUCUUAUUUUUUUUUCCUCUCUUUCGUUUGUUAACAUUUUCUUUUCUUUUCUCAUCACACAAACUCACUAGCUCGCGCAAUCUCUCCCUCUCCUCCCGCCCUUACAAGUUUCAACCUCUCUCACUCACCAAGACUCACUCUUACUCUCACCAUAAUCUCCCUUCAAUUUUCUCCCACUUUCAUUUCUCUCACCGAUCAACAACACUAUUCAACUCUCUCUCUCUCUCUCUCUCUCACCAUCCUUUCCCCUUCUCAUCUUUUCUCUCUCACCCUUUCUUCCAACUCUUUCAUCUCUUUCUCUCUCUCAAAUCCAAACACUCCCUAGCUCACUCAUCUCUCUUUCUCUGCCUUUCGUUAACGUACAAUAACCACCAACGUCAAAAAAUUAUUUCAAACACAGACUUGGUUAGAAGUUGAACAUUUUAUCAAUAAUAAACUCACUCCCUCCUCUCCCUCUCAUCACUUUCUCUCUCUCUCUCUCUGUAUAUAUACACUAGAUAUACUAUUAUUAUAAAAAUAUCUACCAUAGAUAAGCCCAGAAUUUUAUCUGAAAAUCCCCUAAUAAUAAUAAACUUACAGAGGGAGAGAGAAUCCAAAAGAAGAAAAAAAAUGAAAUGAAUAUGAAAGUAACUCUUUUAGGUUGAUAACCCGUCAAUGUUUUCAUUUACCUUAUCAAUUUAAUUGUAUCUUCUUAGUAUUAUUAUUACCCAAUAUAACGAAAUUUAAUUCUCUACACAAUUUAAUUUAAUUUUCGAACUUUUUUCUUCUUCUUCUUCUCUUCUUAAUUGUUUCUUCUGUCGACCUUCAAGUUCAUCGAUAUCAUUUAUCAUCUUCAUCUUCAUUUCUCUCCUUCUCUCUGUGAUACAUUUAAUUCUGUGUUCACCCAAAUUAAAUUGAUUUAAUUGGAUUUCGCUUGUUAAUUUUAAUCAUAAUUAAAAGGUUAUUGUGAUUCUGUGUCUCUGUGUGAAUGUCUCUUCAUGCUAAUCAACUAAUCAACUAAUCAACUAUUUUCAAUCAUCGCCCAUUUAAUUGUUAACCAAUCAACUUUUAUCCAUUGUUUAAUUGUUUCAUUUUUAAUUGUUAUGUAAAUUGAUAUUGUUUAUUAUUAAUUUGUGACAACGAUUUAAUUUCAAUAGUAAUUAUUGUUAUACUUAAUUAAGUUUUGUUUAAUUUUUUUUCUCAUUAAAUCUUCAAUUGUUCCUAAUCUUUGAUCUGUAUUGAUUUGUUAUUGAACAUUAAUCAAUUUAAUUUUAAUUCAUCGAAUCCAAUUUAAUCCAGUUAAUCAAAAUUUGAUAUCAAUCAAUUAAUCAACAACAAUUAUGAAUAAGUGCUUCAUUUAAUCAUUACGCCGACAAUUUAGUUACCAAAAUUUGAUUGAAUUUGUCUAAAUUUAAAUCUAAUUACUUUGAUUAAAAGUGAGACUUUCCAACGACAAUUAAUUAGUUAAUUAAGUGGAAACAAUCAAAUUAAACUUGAGUCCAUCUCUUUUUUGAAUACAUCGGGUGAGAGUCGACCAAUUAAUCAAGGAAACAAAAACGGAAAAGGAAGUGAUUAACUCUACCAAUUAGACUUUACCGUUUAUCUUAAUUAUUAAUUAAUCAUCAAAGGAAAACAAUUAACUGAUUAAAUUGAUUAUGUACAAAAAAGAUAGACCCAAAUUAAGUGUGACUGCACUUUUAUAUCAAACUCAAAGUCCAAAUACUUGGGGCCAACCAAAUUCACCUUCACCAGUUGCCAAUGGUAAUUCUGGAAGUAUUGGAAUACCUGGAACUCCAGGGAUAAAUUCACCCACUCCGAUUACUGGACAAACACCACCAACAUUAACUUAUCCCAUUGGAUUAGGAUCAGGAGGAGGAGGAAUAGGAUUGAAUAACAAUAUAAUCAACAACAACAACAAUAAUAACAAUCCAUUUACUCCUGGUCCACCAAGUAACUCCGUUAGUUUACCAACAACACCGGUCGCCUCUCCUUCACCGACACCGCGAUAUCCUCCUAAUCAUCCUUUAAGUGGAUCUAAACAUCUUUGCUCAAUUUGUGGUGAUCGUGCUUCUGGUAAACACUAUGGCGUUUACAGUUGCGAAGGUUGUAAGGGUUUCUUCAAAAGGACCGUUCGUAAGGAUCUUACAUACGCUUGUCGAGAGGAAAAAAAUUGUAUCAUUGACAAGCGACAACGGAAUCGAUGUCAAUAUUGUCGAUAUCAGAAAUGUCUCAUGAUGGGAAUGAAACGAGAAGCUGUCCAAGAGGAGCGACAACGGAAUAAGGAUAAAAAUGAUAACGAAGUUGAAAGUACAAGUACAAGUCAUAACGAUAUGCCAAUCGAGAGGAUCUUGGAAGCGGAACUACGAAGUGAACCUCGAAAUGAUGAUCUUGAUCUCAGUGAUCCAAUUACUAAUAUUUGGCAAGCAGCGGAUCGUCAAUUGUAUCAGCUGAUUGAAUGGGCCAAACAUAUACCACAUUUUUGUGAUCUAUCGAUUGGAGAUCAAAUGAUUCUAUUGAAAAGUGGUUGGAAUGAGCUUCUUAUCGCUGGUUUCUCACACAGAUCGAUGAAUGUUAAAGAUGGAAUCGUAUUAGCCACCGGUUUGGUGGUACAUCGUAAUUCAGCCCAUCAAGCGGGAGUUGGAGCCAUUUUCGAUCGAGUAUUAACCGAACUAGUUGCCAAGAUGAGGGAAUUGAAAAUGGACCGAACUGAACUUGGCUGUUUAAGAUCAAUCGUACUUUUCAACCCGGAAGCUAAAAGUCUUAAAGCAACCACACAGGUUGAGCAUUUACGUGAUAAAAUAUAUGCUGUUCUUGAAGAUUAUUGUAAAGCCACUUAUCCCGAUCAAACAGGUCGAUUCGCUAAAUUGUUACUUCGUUUACCUGCCCUACGAUCUAUUGGCCUUAAAUGUCUCGAACAUCUUUUCUUUUUCAAGCUAAUAGGAGAUACACCUAUUGAUAAAUUUCUUUUACAAAUGUUGGAAAAUCCCUCCGAUCAUUAAUUUAUUUUUCUUUUCUCUCUCUCAAUUACGAAUAUUAUAAAUAUAUUACAAUUCUUAUACAUCUAAUCCAAAAUAUAUACUUUUAAUCACCUUAAAUCUCAUUAUCCAUCUUAAAUAUACACAUGAACAUAAAUACAUAUUAUUAUACAAACAAAUAAAAGACAUAAUUUAACAUUUCAAA